AACGAUGGCGCCCGAGCGGAGCAAGAAGAGCAGCGUGGUCAAGCAUAGGACGAAGAAGGCGUUCGGUCCGGUAGGGGCAUCGGGAAGCAAGAGUGCAUCGGGAAGGGAAGGGAGCGGCGCCAAUUCCACGGCCCUGGGACAGCGAAGUAGCAACAUCAAGGGCAAGGGCAAGGCCGGCUUCAAGGUGGGCCCAAGCCAUGCGCCCGAUGGUGCCUACCUUGGUCGAGCCAAGAAAAUCAAGGCGGAUCUCAUCGAAAAGGCCAGAGUGAAAAAGGCGUACCAUCGUCAGCUUGCUAAGCAGCACGACACUGCGCUGGACUCUUCCAUGUUAGAGGAUCGAGAUGAGGGAAAAUUUGCGCCAGAGAAGGCACAGAACGAUGAGGAAGAAGAAAACCACCUGGCGAGGGCUGCUGCGAGGGCCGGACCGGCACCGAAUGAUGGGGUCCCCAGUCGUGAAAAGAAGAGGAAGCGGGCCCGGGACUUGGGCCCGUCCGAGACCAAGCGUGCUGGACCGAGGGAUGAGAAUGCAGAGGCCGAAUCGGCGCGUCGGAUAAAAGGCGGUUCAACGGCAGGUGCAACAAUUUUGAAGAAGAAAGAGGAAGCAAAGAGCGUCAGCGUAGAGGGACGGAAGAAGCAACGGCAGGAUCGAGAUGCCAAGUGGAAUGCUGAGAGUGGAAGCAAAAGGGGCAGGGAACGUGGGCAGCCCAAUCUUGGCAAUCGAGUGGGCCUCUUGCUGGAGAGAAUCAAGAAGGGCUGAGAGCAAUGUACUGUACCAUAAGAAACCAGAGCAGAAGCUCCGCACACUUCUCCCUUGGAGAUCAACCUUGCAUGGAUAAGCCGGAGGCGAGCCACUGUUCGGGGUGACAGAGCAGCAAUGCUGUCAUCUCGACUCCAUGACCGGAGUUCCGCAAGCGAGGUCUGAAUUAGAGGGGCCGGGCGUUUUAGAGCUGAGAUCGUGCUCGAGACCAUGGAACGCCGUGUGACCAAGCGGGGCGAAGCAACUCGUUGUCGGAG